UUUGCACAACUAAUACAUACACACUCAUAGUUAACAUAUAGUUGCUUAACUCUUAACUUAAUAUAUUUGGUGUGGUCAGGGAAGAAGCAGUGCAAUGGAAAUGAAAAUGAAAGUGGUGUUGGUGCUUUGUAUUGUGGUGCUCAUUCAGACUGAAGUGGCUCUUGCUGCUGUGUUCACUGUUGGUGGUUCUGCUGGUUGGACUUUCAAUACUGUUGGUUGGCCUAAGGGCAAACGCUUUAGGGCUGGUGAUAUUCUUGCAUUCAACUACCCUUCGGGUACGCACAACGUGGUGGCGGUGAACCAAAAUGGAUACAGCAAGUGCAGCACGCCAAGAGGUGCCAAAGUGUACACCAAAGGGGGUGAUAGAGUAAAGUUAGUGAAGGGACAGAACUAUUUCAUCUGCAAUUUCCCUGGUCAUUGUGAGUCUGGAAUGAAGAUUUCUGUCUUUGCCAUGUGAAACUAAUUAAUCAAUCCAAUUACAUGGAUUUCAAAUUUAUCAAUCUUCUAUGAUGUCAUGAGCUAUGUUUGGUGUACUACUACUGCUAUAUAUAAUAUGGCAAAUAAUGAGUAAUGUGAACUUUUUGCUACUUAAUUAAUAUGAAGUGUUCUUAUUUA